AUGUCGUCAUUAUUAAGCUAUGAAACGCUUGUUCACGCGAUGGCUGGAGCUACGGGUAGUGUGGUCGGAAUGGCUACAUUUUAUCCUUUAGACAUAUUGCGAUCUAGAAUACAAGUUGAAGACUCUCCUAAACUUCGUGGAUCAUCACUACAGCUUCUUUUCAAAUUAGCAAAUGAAGAGGGUAUUGAGUCAUUGUACCAUGGUUUAUGUCCAGUUUUGCAGUCUUUGUCUAUAUCUAAUUUUGUUUAUUUUUAUACAUUCCAUGCAUUAAGAAAAGCAGCUAAGACUCAAAGUUCAGCACUGGGAGAUUUAGCUUUUGGUAUGUUGGCCGGUAGUGUUAAUGUUCUACUUACCUCUCCUCUUUGGGUAGUAAACACUAGAAUGAAGUUUGAUAAGUAUUCUUAUCCAAACCUAUUUGAGGGUCUGUACAUUAUUUUUAAGAAAGAAGGUAUGAAGGGCUUGUGGUCAGGUACAAUACCAUCCUUGUUGUUAGUAUCAAAUCCAGCUAUUCAGUUUAUGAUUUAUGAAGCUUUGAAAAGACAUUUAGUAUCUAAAGGACAUUUUAGUUCAUAUACUGCAUUUUUACUUGGUGCCAUAGCUAAGGCUAUAGCAACCACCAUAACAUACCCCUUACAACUGGUUCAAUCGAGACUUAGAGCAGGCACAAGUAUAAAGCCUGUAUUUAAAGAUAUUAGAUCAAAUCCCUCAGUAAUGUUUCGUGGCUUGGAAGCUAAAUUAUUGCAAACUGUUAUGACAGCAGCUUUAAUGUUUUUAAUUUAUGAGAAAAUUGUUCAUACGGUUUUGACCAUAAUGAGAGUAAAAUUGCAAAAACAUUAGUUUAAUUUUUGUCUGUCUUAAUAGAUUUAAAAGCAAUAUUAUAAGUGAAGUAAAUAUUGUUUAAUAUUUUGAGUGGAUUAAUUAUAUUGGUGGUUGGGUGGUUUGGUUAUGGUCUCAUUGGUGUGGUUACUAAAGAUAGUAAUGGAAGAACCAUCAUUUCUAUUAAAUGGGAGGAGACAAUUACAAAAUUAUACUUUGUAUAGAGUUCUACUUAAGACAUUUAAAUUGUUAUAGAUGUAGAUGGCUAGACUAGGUACAUCAAAUUGUUAUAUAGCUUCUAUUAUAGCAACCAUGACAUGAAAAAGUGA